AUGGAUAUUCCGCCACCAACUGAAGGGGAUGUCAACAUCGGUGAGUACUUCUGUUACGUAGUACUUUUUAGGGAAAGUAGGUUUACUGAUAGAUCUUCUAUAGGGUCUGUUACUUUUGAUGUUUGCUGGGUUCUCACGGCUCUCGUUGGUCUCGCUUUACUUUUCCGAUAUGGAGUCAAGAUCUGGCUUCGAUGGUCAUUACCUCAGGUCAGUGCCCCAGAGAGAAUCUGGGGUACCGAGGAUUUGUUCUUCUUCGUGGGCUAUUGCUUUGACCUCACUCAUAUGAUAUUGAUUCACAUGAGUACACAAUGGGGCUUAGGACGACACUUUUUCUACCUAACAGCAGAGGAAAAAAUGAAUGCACUAAAGUGGGACUUUAUCUCUCAGCCCUUUGCAGUGACCGCUGCCAUGGUCUCUCGAACAGGAAUGAUGUGGUUCCUUCUGACGUGCUUUGCGACCAGUGAUCGCAAGAUUCGAUUGUCGAUCAUAGUCUGCGCGGUUGUGCAGAUCGUUGCCAACAUGAUUACUACUGUACAGAUCAUUUUACAGUGUGGACCGAAUCCAUACCGCUCUGUUGACCGAACACAGUAUUUUCAUUAUAUGUGGACCGCACUACCUGAAGAUGGAUCGGUGAAAUGCCAGUCACCGAAUGUCCAAACCACUAUUGGCUUUGUCCAAGGUGGUUUCAACUCCAUCAUUGACUUCUUUCUGGCGGUAUUGGCCGCUGUGGAAUUGUGGCAGUUCUUUCUAAGAACUCUACAGAGAGACCAUAAAACCUCUUUCUGGUCUCAGUUUCAGAGCAUUAACCGUACUGUUCGGUCUCGUCGCAUCUGGCAGACGCUGACAUUGAGUGGGCCACUUUUGCUAUCUGGUGCAGCUUCCAUUGUCAAGACAUACAAACUCAAGUCUUUGGGUGAUAGAUUGGACUUUACUUAUAACAUUGUAUCCUUCAUACUCUGGGUCAAAAUCGAAAACUACAGUAUCCUUCUCGCAUCUUGUGCUCCAGUCGCAAGAUUGUUUCUACGGACUGUUGUCGAUGCUCGCCGCGACGGUCGACCAUUUGGCUACUGGAGCAAAUCACGAUCUAAUGACAACACAAACCAACGUAAGGAAUUCGAGAUGAAGCCUCGUGUCAAAGACCAGUGGAUGGAUACGACGCUAGCAACAACAACAGAUUGGAAAGACGAGGAAACCCAGGCUCAUUGGGAUGGGACGAAUGAGCGAUCUGCGAGUCGGAUUUCCAGAGCUAUGCAGCCGGAUCAUAUUGAUGAUGGAUGUGUGACAGUCAAGACUGAUAUCGUUGUGGAGGUUGAUGUUGAUGAUAGGCACUCCCGCGCCUCAUCGGGUGCUAUAAGGCUAUUACCAGAUGGGGGUGAACCUUCUUAUUCGGAGAACUAA